GAAAAAGAGUCAAAACAUGCUCAGAAACUUACCAAACUUAUUUAAUGCAAUUAAUUUAAGUAAUCAAGUGCGACAGAAUGUAAGGACAUUGUAUGUGAGUGCUACAAAUGAGGCGGCACGUAAAGGAACUCGCGAGAAGGCUCGCAAGAAGAAAGUAAAGGUAGAAAUUAAGAAAGUUGGAUUCAUUCCGCAUAAUUUGAGAAAAAAAGUUAAAAUAGAGAUAAAUAAGCAUGUUGAUGAUUCGUGGAAGCCAACAUCUUCAGAUGAUGUCUGGAUCGGCAAAUAUUGUCAAUAUCCUGUAUUUACAGUACAAGAAGCUGUAAAGUUCCAUCGUGAAACUCAUCAUCCAACAAUGUAUAAUGUCCCAAAUGCUGCAAUUAUAGCUGAAAUUGAAAUAAACAUGCAAGGCGAUAAGCCCACAAGAUUCGUUGAGAAUUUCCAUCGAAUGGCACCAAUUAAUCAUAAAUUUGAUCACGGCGAGGAACGAUCGAUUUUGGUGCUGACAAAAGGGCAGGAAAACAUUGAUAUAGCAAAAAAAGCUGGUGCUACAUUAGUCGGUGAUGUUGGAUUAAUUAAAAGUAUUCAGAAUGGAGAUCUUUCAAUCCAAGAAUAUCAAUAUAUUAUAGCACAUAAUAACAUUCUGGCUGAUUUGGUCCAUGUUAGAGGUCUCAUGAAGAGACGCUUUCCAAAUCCAAAGAGUGGUACAUUAGGAAGCGAUUUAGAAGAAAUGAUACAGAAAUUCGUGAACGGAAUAACUUACAGUGCAUUAAAAGAUGAAAAUCAGCAGAAUUUUGCACAAAUUACAGCUCAAUUUGGUACAUUGGAUAUGGAUGAGAAGCAUUUAGAAGAUAAUUUAGCUCAGCUAUUAAAGGAUAUCAAUACAAAUAGACCGAAACGAGAAGGGAAAUUCAUCACUCGAGUCUUCCUUAAAAGUCCACCAUCGAAUGAGACAUUGAAAAUUAAUCCAUUCGAGUACGUGCCGGAAGAACAAACAUUCACAUCGAAAAAGAAACCUGCUGUGUUGGCAGAAGAGGAACAUGAGGAAUCAGCAGAUGCUGAUGAUGAUAACAACGAAAAGGAGAAGAAGGAAGCCGUUAAUUAAUUUCUAAUGAUUUCAUUUGUCUUCUUUUCCUUGUUGUCGUCUCAUCUUUAGACACUGAACCAUCAAUUAGUUUUAGUUUGAAAUAAAGAAAAAAAAAAGGUUUUUAAAAUAAAAACUGAUGACAUUGCACAUCAAA